GUAUCUGUUCUCUCCUGCACUUCUCUCAGAAUGGAGUCUGUGCUGAGAUAUUUGGACUGGACGUCAGUGGGCUUGGCCCUGCUGGGUGGUCUGCUUUCUCGGCUUUUGCUAGAGAUCUUCAGGUUGAACUCCUCCAGGAGCCGCAACCCUCCCGGACCCAAACCGUUGCCCUUUGUGGGGAAUGUGCCAGAGAUCAUAAAGGCUCCAAUGGCCUUCACCAGAUUGAUGCCGAAAUAUGGGGAAAUUUCUACCUUGUACCUGGGCAGGCAGCCAGUCAUCAUGUUGAAUACCCUGCAGAUAGUGAAGGAAACUUUUGUUCAGAAUGGGCCUGUGUAUUCUGGAAGGCCGGUUGAGCCAAUGAUAGACUGGAUUACCAACGGGUAUGGCAUCCUGAUGGCCGCAUAUGGUCAUUCUUGGAAACAGCAGCGCCGCUUUGCUCUGCACACGCUGCGCAACUUUGGUCUGGGGAAGAAAACCGUGGAGGAGCGUGUGGCCGAAGAGGCUCAAUACCUCAUAAAAGAGAUGCUCAAGCAGGAAGGGAAGGCUUUUCAUCCGAUCCACCCUAUUAUGAACGCAGUCUCAAACAUCAUCUGCUCUGUUGUCUUUGGGGACCGCUUUGAGUAUGACAACAAGCGCUUUGCUAAGCUGCUGGAAAUUCUGAAUGAAAACAUUCGGCUUAUUGGAUCAACUCCAGGAUGGAUCUUCAACCUGUUCCCCUUCAUAAAGCACUUCCCAGGGCCACACCAGAAGGUGUGGCAGAAUGCCAACUCCUUAAAAGAGUUCAUCCAUGAGGCUGUGGAGGAGCACAGGAAGUCUCUGGACCCAGAACACCUUAGAGACUUCAUUGAUGCCUACCUCAUGGAGAUGACCAAGCAAGUGUCAAAAGAAGACUCUACAUUCCAUGAGGAUAACAUGAUCAUGUCCACUGCUGACCUUUUCCUCGCUGGGACGGACACUACAGCCACCACUCUCAGAUGGGGCCUCAUUUACAUGAUGGACCACCCUGAUGUGCAAGAGCGCUGUCAUGAGGAGAUCAUACGAGUGUUGGGUUUUGACCGUUCUCCUUGCAUGAAUGACCGCACACAGCUACCAUACACUUACGCCACUAUCCACGAGAUCCAGCGCUGCUCGGACAUCGUCCCCAAUGCCAUACACGAAACCACCCAGCCAACACAGCUCCGGGGAUACAACCUCCCCAAGGGAACAAAGGUCAUGCCCAACCUAACGGCCAUCUUGAAGGACAAAAAGCACUGGAAGUACCCGGACACGUUCAACCCAAAGAACUUUCUGGAUGAGAAAGGACAGUUCUGCAAAAAUGACUUCUUUGUGCCGUUCUCUCUGGGUCCGAGGGUGUGCCUGGGUGAGACUCUGGCGAGAACUGAGCUCUUCAUCUUCUUCACCUCUCUGCUCCAGCGGCUGAAGUUCUCGUGGCCUCCUGGAGCUCCACCCCCAAACAUGGAUGGCAUCAUGGGCAUUGUCCGCUCUCCGUUCCCCUUCAACACAAUCUGCCACAGCAGAGAGACCACUCACUGAAUCCUGUUUUGACAAAUAUCUGACAUGUAUCGGACAUUUCUCAAAACCCUGAAGACUGUUGUUUUACUAUAAAAGUAACUCUUUAUAUUGUGUUUUUUACCGAGCUGUGUAUAAGUGUCAGAGUGAAAAGCGUAUGAUUAUGAUAUGAUGAUAGUCACUGUAAUAAAGCUGCAGUAUGUCUAUAAAAAGCAAAGUGUUUAGAAGCAGAUAGACAGCUCACAGUGAGAGAUAGCCAGGCCAAAGUACAGCUCCACUAAUCAUAUUUACUUUGAUGCACAUAAGUUAAAACAACAUAGAAUUGUAUGGAAUUAGUUGUGUUUGCUAUACUUUUCUAAAAAAAAUAUAACAUUUAUCCCUGUUUGUGGGGUAAGUUGUAAAAUUCCAUGACGAUAACAGGAUUAUGUCCACUGCUGACCUUUUCUUUGCUGGAACGGAUACUAUGGCCACCACUCUCAGAUGGGGUCUCAUUUACAUGAUGGCCCAUUCUGAUGUGCAAGAUACAGAACAAUAUGGACCAAGAUUAGUCAAAAACAUGGAGAUGCUCCUUCUGUCAAGAUCAAAUGGAAUUUGAUGUGAUUGCAUAGAAAUAAUUAUGUAACAUACAGUGGUGCCACAAAAGUUUGUGAACCCUUUUAGAAUUUUCUAUAUUUCUGCAUAAAUUUGACCUAAAACUUCAUCAGUUUUAGGUCCUAAUAGUAGAUAAAGGAACCAAAUUAAACAAAUGAAAAAUAUUUGACUUGGUUAUUUAUUUAUUGAGGAAAAUGAUCCAAUAUUACAGAUCUGUGAGUGGCAAAAGUGUGUACACCUUUAGGAUUAACAGAUAAUUUGAAGGUGAAAUUAGUGUCAGGUGUUUUCACUCAAUGGGACAGCAAUCAGGUGUGAGUGACCACCCUGUUUUAUUUAAAGAACAGGGAUCUCUCACAGUCUGAUGUUCACAACACAUGCUUGUGGAAGUGUAUCAUGGCAUGAACAAAGGAGAUUUCUGAGGACCUCAGAAGAAGAGUUUUUGAUGUCCAUCAGGCUGAAAUAGGUUACAAAACCAUCUCUGAAGAGUUUGGACUCCACCAAUCCACAGUCAGGCAGAUUGUAUACAAAUGGAGGAAAUUCAAGACCAUUGUUCUGCUCUCCAGGAGUGGUCAACCAACAAAGAUCACACAAAGAGCAAGGCAUGUACUAGUUUGGGAGGUCACAAAGGAACCCAGGGUAAUUUCUAAGCAACUAAAGGCCUGUCUCACAGUGGCUAAUGCUUACGUUCAUGAGUCCACCAUCAGGAAAACACUAAACAAGCCAGGUUACUGGAACAAGGUUACUGGAACAAUCUCAGGGAUCUCAGGUUUGGUGAGGGUUGUAAGAAAUUGCACCCUAAGUAUAUCGGUCUAUUCCAGAUUAGUAAACAAAUAAAUGAAGUUGCUUACCAGCUUGGCUUGCCUGCUCAGUAUCGUAUCUCACCCUCUUUUCAUGUGUCCCUCCUCAAGCCUGUGUUUCCGGGUCCACUGGACGAGGUGUCGCUCAACAUGGCCCCACCUACUCCUUUGGUAGUGGAUGGCUCCCCAGUGUAUGUCGUUCGUGAGGUGCUGGACUCCAGGAGGCGUGGAGGGGAACUGCAAUACCUCAUAGAUUGGGAGCGAUACGGCCCAAAGGAAAAGAUAUUGGGUGGCAGCCAAGGAUGUGCUGGAUCUGGCCUUGGUGGCAGAUUUCAACAGUCACCAUGCAAAUAAGCCAGCACUGCGUCCUGGAGGCCAUCCCCAGAAGUCACUUUCCAGUUCCUUUCCUGUCUGUUCCUGUACCCAUUCUAGUGGUUGUUCCCCCAGUCCUUCACUUUCCCAGCACCGCGACGGCUCAGGGGUUCCUUCGUCCAAUACCUCCGCUUGCCCAACUCCUCGGGGAGGGGGUACUGUCACGCUUCCCUCUGUUCCCGCCGUCUCUGCCCCAAAACCUCCAGACUCCAUUACCCAGAACCCCACUCCGGAUCACUUGACCUCCGAUCUCCCUCACAUGACUCUACACCAGUCUGCCUCACCUGACUACUGAUUACACACACCUGUUCUUUGUUCCAUGUGCUUGUUAGUUUAGUAUAUAAGCCCAGGCUUUAGCUUAGUUUAUUUGUGAAGUAUUGCCUUUGUUUACAGAGCCUUACCAAGCCUUCUCCUCUGUCUGAUUGCUAUAUUGUGUAUGAUACUUGCCUGUUUGUUUAUCAACCUCGCCUUUUUGCCUUGCCCUUCCAGUAUAUAAUAUUUUGGUUUGACCUAUGUUUCUGAUUUUGGACAUUGCUUUUUGGACUCCCCACAUGGUUACUGUUUUCUUGUUUUGGACUGGCUGACCUUGAUUUUGGAUCCUCCCUUUGUUAAUAAACCCAUUUUACUUAA